AUGGAUAAUUGUUCUGAUAAUGAACCAGCAAAGCGGCCAAAGAUAGUUACAAAGGAUAAAGAACAAGCUGAGCAUCAAGAAUGCGGGAGUGACUUGUCUGGAACAAACAGACCAUAUCUCUGCACAGGAUUCGACAUCUACCUUGUUUGGGAACCCUGCACAAUGUGUGCUAUGGCACUUGUACAUCAAAGGUUCAAGCGUGUCUUCUAUGCUUUCCCUAAUCCAAUCACUGGAGCGCUGGGCAGUGUCUACAGAUUGCAUGGGGAGAAAAGUUUAAAUCACCAUUACUCCGUGUGUAGGGUAAAAAUGCCAGAGCCAGAUCUGAAUGUUUCAAGUGAUUACCCUGAAAAAGGCUGCUCAGAUUUUGUACCAUCCUAGUUCUUGAAAAUCUACGAGCUUUUCUAGGCUACUUGCUUGUGGUUCGUCAUCUUCGCUUUGCGAGGGCCAUGGCAACGGUGGGUUUCUGGUUCCUCUCUGCUUUGUCAGGACGGUGGUGUUGGUUCUUUGUCCAGAGACCCUGUGAUGGUUGCCCUGCGUAUUUUCCAUAUAACUGUCUUA